GUAACUUUAAUUUGUUGCAUCUCAAAAGAAAGAAACUGAGUUAGAUUCAAACUUAGCCAUUUGAGUAUCUAGAUAUGUAUUCGCAAUGUUGAGCUUUUAUACUAACUGUACGUCAUCUAGACUUUCAGUUAUUUAUCAGUGAGGUUCAGUUGUUUACAACUAAUCUAAAUUUAAACAGUGACAUUCAUUCUAUUGCUGUUAUCUCAAGAUUUUAGUCGAAACACCAUUUUUAAUGAAUUCCUUAUUAUAUGCCAGAAAAAAAGUGGGUUAUUUAUAACUUAUUUUGUUUCGUGUCUUUCCAAAUAUUUUCCUUUCGUUUAUCUACUGUCUUUGCAAAUGAGGAUGGGUAUCAGUCGCCGCCAAAUGCAGUCUGUAUGACUCGUGCUUUGUAAACUGUCUCCUGGUGACAGUAAAACUGGACAGUCAUGGACACUCUUGAGGAAACAUUUAAGGCUCUCUCAAUUGCCAGGAGACUGCAGCCAAAUGAGCCCACGUAUAUUUUGGACCUUUCUCUUCCAUUCUGCACCAGCGGUGUGACUGCUGCAGGGUCAGAUGUGCUUGCAGUUUGUUGCUCUAAUCACUCUGUACACUUGCACAACAAAGAGACACUGCGUCUUCUGGGAGAACUUAAAGGUCACAGUGCACCUGUGUGCGGGGUUCUUUUCUCUCACCUCUCCCCUCACUUGCUGUUCACCGGCUCUGCUGAUGGAACACUGCGGUGCUGGGAUGUCAGGCGGCCCGGUUCUGACUCCAUCCAGGUAUUUCGUAGCGAGUCAAAACAUUCAUACUGCUCGUUUGAUGUGAGCUGCAGUGAUCGCGUGCUGUGCGCGGGCACUGAGCAGGUGGAAGAGGACAGUUUUCUAGUAUUCUGGGAUGCCCGCAUGGUUCGGGAGGAGGGUGAGACGGGGUUAAAGCAAGGUGGUCUGUUGGGCGUCUACUCAGAGUCACACAGUGAUGACAUCACCGCAGUGAAGUUCCACCCACAACAGGCAGACCGGUUGGCCUCUGGUGCUACAGAUGGGCUUGUGAAUGUGUUUGAUCUGAGUCUCGGUGGAGAGGAUGAUGCGCUUUUUACCACAUGCAACUGCAAUUCCUCUGUCAGCUCCCUCUGCUGGACAGGCAAAGGUCUUGACCAGCUGUUUUGUCUUACCCAUGAUGAAGGGCUAUACCUGUGGGACGUUGCUCGCCCAGAAAGCGAUGACAUUUUGACCCUUAUGAGUUCCCCUGAUGCUCGAACACUCAUCCAACUCCCUGAUGGAGCCUCACUUGAGUAUUUUGUUGGUGGAACAUGGCUAUCAGAUGAGGGACGUAUUCUUUUAGUGGGAGGGGCUAAUAGUGGAGAGCUCCACCUCCUUGACUGCAGUGGGAGUGGUCUGAGAUUAAUUAAAUCCCUGAAAGGGGGUCACUCAGCCACAGUGAGAUGCUUCCAGUGGGACAUGAACGCUCAGUCUCUGUUGACAGGUGGGGAGGAUGGCCAGCUGUUACAGUGGAAGGCAGGAGCAGAAGAGAUCAGUGUGGGAAAGAAAGAAACUCUGAAAAGCAUUUCUUCCAUGCAGCUGAAAACUAAAGCCCACAGAAAACAUACUGCAAAGAAAAUCUGACAAUCCCACAGCCCCCAUUCCCAAAGCCCACAGAAAACAUACUGCAAAGAAAGACUUAAAAGUUUUAAAGCUAUUAUGAUAAAGAAAACCUCUAAUUUCACAAAGGAACAGUUGUAAGGGACAAAGUUUGCAACAUUUUAUGGCGCAUGGCAUUUUAUUUUGUAUAAAUUAUUUAAACAAUUUACAAAUUUACAUCAUUUUUGAAACUAAAAAAUAAGAUCACCUAUUUGAUUUGACAGCACAAAUAUAACUACAAAUGUAACAGGUUUGACUACUUGCUAAUAUUAUCUUGUCCAUAGAGUGAUAUUAAAGGUUUAAAAAAAUUUUUUUUAUUAUUUAUGCAGAUUGCCGCAAUAGAUAUUAAUUUCAAAUUUUCCAUUGAGUUUUAUUUUUGUAUCCUUUUUCACAAUUUACAUUGUUGCAAAGCAGCCUAACAGGAUAUACAUAUUAGUACAGAUGGAAGAAACAUUUAUGAAAAACAGAAGGUUUUUAAAUUCAUAUCAUGAAAAUCCGACAUUUUUAUGUUUAAGUGCUAUAAUUGAGUCCCCAGUGCUUCUAUCGAUCUAGAAAAUGUAAAAAAAGAACAACCAAGCAACUUAAUUUUGGUAAACCAUUCUCUCCAAGCAUGUGAGAAAAUAGGUCAUUGAAAUUUGGCUCCCCUUGUGAUGUCAGAAGGGGAUAAUAUCGCCCCUUAAUCUGCACUAUCCAACCACGACACUGCCAUUUAGUGCAGAGAUCAGCUCAUUUGCAUUUAAAAAGACACACCCAAAAGGCUACAUUUUCUCUCACACCUAUUAUGAUAAAAACACCUUGUUUAGUCAUCUUAAAAUAAAUCUCUUUCAUCUGUGUCUCAUUUAAUUUUAUCCGAUUGGCUUUGCUUUGCAAGCAGUAAUAUAAAAAAAAUAUGAUUAGAUGGCAUAAAUGCUUUAGUGUAGUCGUUUAUGAUUGUAACACCCAUUUAAAUGUGCUAAAUUAGUAGAUGUUUAUUUAUGUAAAUAUAAUGACACAUUUGAUAUUUUUGAAUGUUUUUAACUAUUUAUACUGUAUGCAAAUAUGUGUAUUUUUCACAUUAUACACUUACAAUAACAUAAAACAAUACUUUUUUAAGAGUAAAAGAUCUCUGAACACAAGUAAAAAUAUCUUGUCAUGUAAAUUAGUUGUUUCAUGAAUAUUUGCUGGAACAGGAAUAAUGCAAUUUUUGCAAAGAAAGAGAAUUUGCAUUACCAAUAAAAUAAAACAAUAAAAAAACUCUGCUAAAUAUGUUUUUGAAUGUUUGCGUUACAAAAAUGAUAUUUAUGUUUGGGGAAAAUUACUUUUAAAAGUAAUGCAUUACAAUAUUAAGUUACUCCCAAAAAGAGUAACUAAUUGCGCUACUUAGUUACUUUUCAUGGAAAGUAAU